UGAAACAGCAGAGAAGUAGGAAAACACCGCACGUACAUGGAUUAAUUUAAAUAACAAGACGCUAUCCAUAAAGUCAGUGGAGACGCCAGCACCGUCCGGAAUGGGUUCACUGAGAUACAUACACACGUCGGAAACUGUGUAUUAACGGGCACUUUACAAAACAUUAUCCUGUGUUGGUAGUGGAGGAAGUCUUCCUCCUGUUAUUCUAGUUUCUGCACAACUUCUUCUGGACUUGAACGUAAAUUAAGCUCAACAGUGAUCCUCUUGUCCUCCUGCACAGUGAAGGAUGAAUGGCCUCUCUCUCAAUGAGCUCUGCUGCCUGUUCUGCUGCCCGCCUUGCCCCAGCCGCAUCGCAGCCAAACUCGCCUUCCUGCCCCCUGAGCCCACGUACGCCUUUCUUCCAGACCCAGAGGCAGGACCCGCUGCACCAGGGGCAACAGGGACAUCCAGCCUGCGGGGGCGGAGCGGCGCAUCAGUUGCUGGAAGCGGAGUGGCUGGGGCUGGGGCUGGGGCUGUGGAGGGGAGAUGGAAGCUGCACCUGACAGAGCGAGCGGAGUUUCAGUACUCGCAGAGAGAUCUGGACACGACGGAGGUGUUCCUCACUCGAUCCAGCCGAGGCAACAGAAUCGGCUGCAUGUACAUUCGCUGUGUUCCUAAUGCCAGAUUUACAGUGCUCUUCUCCCACGGUAACGCAGUCGACCUGGGCCAGAUGAGCAGCUUCUACAUCGGCCUUGGCACUCGUAUCAACUGCAACAUCUUUUCCUACGACUACUCAGGCUACGGUGUCAGCACUGGCAAGCCCACUGAGAAGAAUCUCUAUGCAGACAUCGAUGCUGCCUGGCAUGCCCUGCGCACACGGUAUGGCAUUAGCCCAGAGAACAUUAUCCUGUACGGACAGAGCAUUGGCACAGUACCCACUGUAGACCUGGCAUCGCGGUAUGAGUGUGCUGCUGUGGUUCUUCACUCACCUCUAACAUCUGGCAUGAGAGUGGCCUUUCCUGACACCAAGAAAACAUAUUGCUUCGACGCUUUCCCCAACAUUGAGAAAGUGUCCAAAAUCACGUCCCCGGUGCUCAUCAUCCACGGGACAGAGGACGAGGUGAUUGACUUCUCCCACGGCCUGGCUUUGUUCGAGCGCUGCCCCAAGGCUGUGGAGCCCCUCUGGGUGGAGGGAGCGGGACACAACGACAUUGAACUGUACAGCCAGUAUCUGGAGCGCCUGCGCCGCUUCAUAGGACAGGAGUUGGCAGUGCAGCACGCCUGAGACCAUCACCACCUGGGUCAUCGUCAACAUCAAUGCUACCUUUUUUUUUUUUUUUUUCAGGCCCACUUAAAACGUCAUCUCUCUGCGUGUCCAAGAGUCAUCAAAACCGUCCUCAGUGCUACGUUUUUGGGGCACAGUAUCCCUUUAAUUGGACCAUAGAUUGGAUACAACAUGGAGAAAAGAAGUGAGUUCAUAAACCUCAGAAGUGUGAGAGUGGGAAAGACUUUAUGACAAACAUUUAGACGGGUUUUUUUUGUUUUGUUUUUUUUUAGCAGUUUCUUUAACAGUACAGCUGCCAUGUGUUACGUGGCAGGAGGUUAAUUCCUAUACUGUGCAAUAAUAUGGACGGUGUCCACAGAAAAAAGACUUCCAAUGAUGAGGAGACCGAACAGGAAAAAAAACUAAUGAGUAAUCAUGUAGGUCAAUUACCUUCCACACAGGAAAUUUCUGUCAAUUUUCCAGCCUACUCAAAUAGUUAAAUGGAUGGCAUGGGAAACACUUUCCCUCUCUGAGGUGCAACUGACAUGUUUUGAGAAUAUUUUGGUUGUCUAAUCCCCUGGUAAAAUAGCAAACAGGUUUGUAACUAAGGUCUCUACAGUGAGUUUUAUUAGUAACACCUGUAUACUGUAAUGCAGUCCAAUUUACAGCCCUACAAUUAAUCCUGUUUAGAGUGGCUGAUUUAACUCUGUUCUCAUUUUGUAGUGAUUGGUUAUGUUGCAUUGGACUGCAUUAUUUUGAAAGGUGUUUCUAAUAUAUUAUCCCCUCAUGUAUGUGCAUGAUGCAUAUGUGCAUACAUGCAUAGAGAUGAAUUUGAAGUUUGCUCAGGUAACCCUCUUUUAGACAUUAGGGGUCAAUGUGUUCCACAUUUGUUUGUGUCUUCUUUUUUUGUUUUACAUGCAGUCAGCUAAAUCUCCUCCACAGAUAAUUUUGAGCAAAGAUUUCUGAGAACAUGUUCAUCCAGCGUGAGGUCUUUUUCUAUCUUUUUUCUUUUUCAUUUCAUUUUUAUUAAACCAAACUAUGAUCCCAAAACCUGAGGUACAGACCAAACCAGGAGUUUGGUGAACCAUUGGCACCCUUAACGUUCUUGUUCCACUUAAGUUUCCAUAAUUUCCUAAUAUUCUUCUCUGCACCAAAUCUGUAACCAAGUAAUGGAGAAGGACAGAAGUUCAGUAGCCUCAAAAAGAAAAUACCUCCAGCUCCUUCAGUUAGUGGAGCGUCUGGGAGUCUGUUAGCCCUUACCACUUAGUUUUAGCCUUGUUCGUCUUGUUUAUGUCUCACACCAGUAGGUCGCAGCUGUCAGCGAGGUUCCUGUUUCCCUCAGUGUCUGGAACAGAGAAGCAACACUAAAAUUAAACAGGCUUUGGUUUUCUACCUUCAGCCUGGUUUUUUUUUGUUGUUUUUUUAAUCUCCUCCUGUCUUUAUUUCUUAAUGCUGUCUGACGGCCAUCUUACUCAUUUAUACUCCAUAAUGUGGUAUCGUUUUGUCAAUUUAAGAAGUGAAUGAAAGCUUCACUUUGGAAUCAAGUAUUUUAUGAUUGUUGACAAAACAAGUCAGUCCAUUUUCUCAUUUUAAUGGUUGAUAAGCUUCACAUUCUGAUUGAUAAAAUGCAUUACCUCCCUUAUACAGAAAAGCACAAGAAGACAUGUUUUAUCAGAUGUCAUGCAGCUGUAUGGUUCUUGAUUUGUUUUACAGCUUUAACACUAAGAAUCUCUUCUGAGGGACACUUUUUUUUUUCGAAAUCCGACAGGUGGACAAUGUUUUGGCACAUUUACAGUCCAACGCUAUUCCACUGCUAUUCUGUGCUACAGGUAAAAUAUACAGCAAACAGGCUGUGUGUAAGACUCUUUCCUCUGGUUUACAGUGUUAACGAGAACUGCCUGUAGCAUUUGUCUGUAUGUCCAUACAUAAUACGUCCCACAUAAUAGUUUUUCUACGUAUUUUAAGCAUAACAUUUUGGUAACACUAUUGAUUCUAGUUCAUGGAAUUGUGUUUAAAAGUGGUACAGUACAUGUUCUACCUGCUGGUAUGUUUUUUUUUGUAACAAGUGAAAACCGUCUCAAACAUGUUGUAUGGCCCUUGUUUGUUUGAUUAUUAAGGGAAAGAUCACUAACUAAUAUACUUAAAAUUGUCUUAUAAUCCGUUUUGCUGCAAAUGCCACCUUUUUCUUGUGAUAAAACUGCAAUCAGUCUACAAAAAGAUCUGGUACAAGAUUACAUCAGUUUGGCUGUAUGACUCAUAAGAUAAAUUGUAAUCCCUUCUUUUUCACUGCCUAAUUUAGAUUCACCGCACUCUAUCAUGACAAAAUCCCUUCGUUCUGUCACUAAUGGUGUGUUUUACAACCAGACAUGAGGUGCAGGCGUUCAUCUUAAAGGUGCAGCACGUACCAAAGCCACAGAGGUGUUUUAUCUAACUGUGUUGAUUUACAUGGACCUCAGAUGAGUGUUGCACCUUUUUACAAUUUCUUAGUUCAAGAUUAUGACUGUUUUUGUUUUUCACUUGAAGUCAGGAUUUUCAUGUUUUCUUGUGUGCGUGUAUCAACCAAAGUUUAAUUUUUUGUUUAACGCUUUACCCAGUAUACCUGCUGUUUAUGUUGUUCUCUUCAUAACCAAAGGCAAUGUUAAGCUCUUUAGUUAACUUUUUAUUUAUCCAUCUGGUUGGUCUGAUCCUUUUCCACUAUACAGCACAUUUGGAUACAAAUUAAAUGUAAAUUUAUCCGAUUGCUAAACAAUUAUGUUUUUUCAUAUCAUGUUUUGUUUCAGAUAUGCAGCAACAGUUUGAAUAGUAUAAGUUGUGGGUGUUUAUAUUUUCUUUUUAAGCUGUUAAAAUGUAUUUGUGGAGGAGUACAACUAAGCAAUACAGCAAAGCCGUUGAGUUUGUAUUUAGAAAAACAGUGUGGGAUGAUGAAAGAACAAUGAUAGAGGAGCUUCAAGCAGACAAAUGAAAAGCUUUUGUUUUUGUCUUUAUGUUAAAAUGUUUGGAUUUCUGGUGUAACAUCUGUGGGUAUCACUAAUUUUUAGUUUUUAAAGAUUUUGUCCUUUUUCCCCCAAGAAUUAAAGAGAAAAGAAGUUAAUAAAACAUAAUCAGAAAUUGA